UCGUUUGGUCCAGAUAGCUCAACGUUUAUUAUCCUUAAGAAAUGGCUGGCCUCGAGGGUGCUUUCUUGUGCCUUGGCAACCCGCUGCUGGACGUGUCCGCUGUUGUGGACCAGGCCUUCCUUGACAAGUAUGAGAUCAAGCUGGCGAACCAGAUUCUUGCAGAGGAGAAGCAUCUACCCAUGUACGCGGAGCUAGCGGCGAUGCCCAACGUGGAGUACAUUCCCGGUGGUGCCGGCCAGAACACCACCCGCAUCUGCCAGUGGAUGCUUCAGGUCAAGCACGCUUGCACCUACAUGGGUUGCAUCGGCGAUGACGAGUUCGGCCGCAAGAUGACCGAGGUUGCCACCCAAGAGGGUGUCAACGUUCGCUACCAGGUGGACGCCUCCACCCCCACCGGCACCUGCGCCACCUGCAUCGUGAGCAGCGAGCGCAGCCUGGUGGCCAACCUGGCGGCUGCCAACAACUUCAAGGUUGACCACCUGCUGCAGCCGGAUCACCUGGCGCUGCUGCACAAGGCCCGCGUGGUGUACUGCACCGGCUUCUUCAUCACCGUGUCGCCGCAGUCGAUUGACACGGUGGCCAAGCACUGCGCGGAGAACGACAAGAUCUACGCCAUGAACCUGUCCGCCCCCUUCAUCGUGCAAGUGCCCCCCUUCAAGAAGGUGCUCAUGGACGCCAUGCCGUACAUCGACUUCCUGUUCGGCAACGAGAUCGAGGCGGCGGCGUUGGCGGCCUCGGAGGGCUGGGAGGGGCUGGAGCUGACAGAGGUGGCCAAGCGGCUGUCCCGCAUGCCCAAGGCCAACGGCUGCCGCCCCCGAGUGGUGGUGUUCACGCAGGGCUGCGACCCCACCAUCGUGGCGGUGGGCGGCCGCGUGCAGCUCUUCCCCGUCAACCUGGUGCCCAAGGACAAGCUGGUGGACACCAACGGAGCGGGUGAUGCCUUCGUGGGCGGCUUCAUGUCGCAGCUGGUGUGCGGCAAGGAGCUGCCCGAGUGCGUGCGCGCCGGCAACUACGCCGCCAGCACCGUCAUCCAGCGCUCCGGCUGCACCUUCCCGCCCAAGCCCGAGUUCGUGUGGAACUAAAGGGAGAGACGGGAGGCUGAGGGUGGUAAGGGUUGUGAGGAGGUAGAUGAGGAGGAAAGAGUGAAGAACCUGCGGUGCCGUUGGGGCCCUCGAGGCCAACCCGGAGGGUUUAAUGCCUUCCGACCUUCUUGACGUGCCCUGGUUGUGCUGUGUUGUGUGAUGUACUACCUACGCUAGUCAUGCGGGGAAGUGGGGCGAAUGCCCUGCUGUUUUAACGCAUCCGAUGCUCGUUUCUUGGGCGAGCCGUGUGUGUUAUAGCUGGUCCCAGGGGGUGACGCUCGAUUGGGCGCUGCUAUCAUGUUUUACAGUCAUGAAACUCUGCUUUUGUGACAACGAGGCGCAGGAUUGGGCAGUGGAUGCGCAACACAAACCAGGAACCAAGGAGGAUCCUACUUUGACAUACUUAUAGAUCCUUUUUUCUGUGUUCCUCUCCUUACUGCGGCGACGUAUGCACUAGUUCUUUUGCGCUCCCGCAAUGGGAUGGCGGUAUAGCUGGCAAGGGCGUUGCUGGGCAAUGCUGCAGCAGUGGUGGCUGUCGCACGAUGCGUGCCCCAGUCGACCACACGCUUAAAUCACAUUAUGGACGUACCAUGGCGGCUCUUGCAGCUUAUUAUGAUAGUUUUGGUGCCUCUUGUCGUGUUGGCGCGUGCGCGGUGUUCGUUUCCGGCAAUGUCGUAUGACUGACCGUACAUCCUUAGUUUCUUGUGCUAGGGUGUCGAGUCAAGCACUCUGCUGCAAUUGGAGCGGACGGCAUGGGGGUGAGUUGGACAACUGAACCGAGUCUGUACUUGGUGUGAGCUUC